GGGGAGCUCUCUACUAGAAGGAGAAGAGGCACAGGGGACACCGAGUCCAGUAAGAUCAACGGGCUGCUGGAGAGCAAAACAUAUGAUACCUACGCCUCAUCGUCUGGGUACUCUUCAGAAGAUGACUAUUCUGGUCAUUUUUACUCAGGCCAGAGUAGCUCUGGAUCAGGGCUGAGGAAUGCAGCCUCCCGGGUGGGCUCCUUCCUCUGGCAGGUGCUCACCUCCCCGGUUCGAUUCAUGGGGUGGCUGUUUAUGGGGCUGGCAGCUGCCUGGCAUCGCCUCACUGGUGCGGCUCCGCAUAUGGGCCGUGUCCCCAUUACCAGGCGUUACCCGUGGCUGAAGAGGUCCCUGCUGUUGCUGCUGCUCCUUCUACUCCUUGCUGCUGCCGCUUACGGAGCUUGGUACUUCUACCCAUAUGGGCUGUCAACACUCACAGCAGAUGAAAAAGAUGCUGCUGACUCUGGGGACUGGGUGGCCUGGGGAAUGCAGGGGGAGCACCGGCUCCUGGUUCGCUUCCAGGCCCUGGAGAAACGCUUUGAGGCCCUGGAGGCUGAGGUGUCGCGGUGGGAACUGCGACAGGGGGCAGCGGCAGUGACGGCGGGGGGAGAGCCACCCCCGGGGGACAUCGUGGCACUGCUGGAGGGGCUGGUGAACCGCCGGGAUGCGGGGCUGAAGGAGCAUCUCCGUACGGAUGUGACCAGCCACCUUCAGGGUGAGCUGGAUGCCCUCCGAGCCCAGGUGCAGAGGGAUAUGGAUGGGCACCUGGGGAAGAUGGCACAAGCCUCUAAGGAGAUGGAGACACGCUUGCUGGAGCUGAACUCGAAGUGGCAGAGCUCGGUGCAGGAGGAUCUGCGAGGGAGCUUCCAGCUGGAGGUGGGCAAGCUGGAGCAGGAGGUGGCAGCGCUGAGGAGGGAGCUGUCAAGCCUCAAGUCGGACCAGGAGGUGAUGGGGAAGCACGUGGAAGGGAUGCUAGAGCAGCUGAAGAUGGUCCGGGCUGAUGUGGAAGCACAGUUCCCAGCGUGGCUCAGUCAGUUCCUGUCGCGGUCCCGGAAGGACGGCACCACUGGCCUCAUCCUCCAGCGGGAAGACUUGCAAGCGGAGCUCCAGGCCCUGGAGCGCAAGAUCCUGGCCAAAGUCUCAGAAGACCAGAGGCUUUCGGCACAGGAUGCUCAGGCUGGUAUCGGAGUGGCCCUGCGGCAAGGAGGGACUGCAGGUGUGACAGAGGAGCAAGUUCAUCACAUCGUGGGCAAGGCCCUGAAGCUCUACAGUGAGGACCGCGUGGGGAUGGUUGACUAUGCCCUGGAGUCAGCAGGGGCCAGUGUCAUCAACACCCGCUGCUCAGAGACCUACGAGAUACGGACAGCGCUGCUGAGCUUGUUUGGCAUCCCCCUGUGGUACCAAUCGCAGUCGCCCCGUGUCAUCCUGCAGCCAGACGUCAACCCUGGGAACUGCUGGGCGUUUCGUGGGUCUCAGGGCUUUGCCAUCAUCCGCCUCUCCAGCAUCAUCCGCCCCACGGCUGUGACACUGGAGCACAUCCCAAAAGCCCUCUCGCCCCAGGGGACCAUCCCUAGUGCCCCCAAGGACUUUGCUGUCUAUGGCUUGAAGGAGGAGAAAGAGGAGGAAGGUCUUCUCCUUGGGCAGUUCACCUACAACCACGAUGGCGACCCCAUCCAAACAUUUUACUUGAAGGGUGGUGCUGUGGGCACAUACCAGCUGGUGGAGCUCCGCGUGCUGAGCAAUUGGGGCCACCCUGAAUACACCUGCAUCUACCGCUUCCGUGUGCACGGGGAACCAGCGCACUGA